CAUCCCCACCUUUCCUGGCUCUCCCGGCCGCCGCCGGAAGCAUGGGCGCGGACUGGGAGCUGGGGGCUGCGGCGGGGCGCUCGCUGCUGCUGUGCGCCGCGCUGCUGGUCGCGGGCUGCGCGCUGGGCCUGCGCCUGGGCCGCGGACGGGCGGCGGCGGACCGCGGCGUGCUCGCCUGGCUGUGCUAUGACGCCCUGGUGCACUUCACCCUGGAAGGCCCUUUUGUCUACUUGUCUUUCGUAGGAAACAUCGCAGAUUCCGAAGGCUUGAUUGCUUCAUUGUGGAAAGAAUAUGGCAAAGCUGAUGCAAGAUGGCUUUAUUUUGACCCAACCAUUGUGUCUUUGGAAAUUCUGACUGUUGUCUUGGAUGGGUCUCUGGCAUUGGUCCUCAUUUAUGCCAUAGUCAAAGAGAAAUAUUAUCGGCAUUUCCUACAGAUUACCCUGUGCGUGUGUGAAUUAUAUGGCGGGUGGAUGACCUUCUUCCCGGACUGGCUUAUGGGAAGCCCCAACCUCAACACUGACAGUUGGCUCUACUUUGGGGUCUAUCUGGUAUUUUUCAAUAGUGUGUGGGUUCUGAUCCCAGGACUGUUACUGUGUCAGUCAUGGGUAGAACUCAAGAAAAUGUAUUACAAAGGAACCAGUUCAGGGAAAAAGUUUCAGUGACUUUUCAAAAUCACAAACACUGAUUUCUUGCUUUAUAAGCCAGAAUGGAUCAAACCUUCUUGUUUGGCCAAAAUGUAAUGCAUUCCAGUGUAUACUUUCCUUUUAUAGUGUUGUUCCUCAACAGCUUAUUUCAAAUUGAUUGCAAGGUGGCAAGUCUUUGUUUUUGUUUUUGUUUUUGUUUUUCAAUUAAAUGACAAUAUGGGGAACAGAGAGUAAAUUUUAACUUGUAAUGAUAACAUCUUUAAUUAUACACUUUUAUGGCUCUAUUAAUUGUUCCACAUUAUUAAAGCCAAUUAUCAUAAAAUGCUAUAGAGCAUAUUAUAUUAAUUUUUUAUUCCAAGAACAUAUUGUUGCCUCAGCUUUUUUAAAAAUGUAAAUAAAUCCAAGUUAGUUAACA